UGUACGGAGAUGAUAAUGCCAUUAGGUGGUAGCAAUAAGGAUAGCAUUUUCCCAGCUUCGGAAUGGGACUAUAAUGAAAGGGCCCAAUAUUGCAAAGAAGCCUUCAAAAUCGAGCCCCGGCCCAAUUGGAUUACCACGGAGUUCGGGGGCCACAACAUUGAGAGGGUUUUAAAAAGGUUUGGUAGCAACAUCAUCUUCUUUAACGGAUUGAGGGAUCCAUGGAGUGCGGGAGGGGUGCUAAAAAAUAUCUCUAAAUCUUUAGUUGCUAUUAUCGCAAAAGAAGGUGCGCAUCAUGUGGACCUUAGAUUCUCAACAAAGGAAGAUCCAAAAUGGCUAAAAGAUGUGAGGAGGAAGGAGGUUGAAAUCAUACAGAAAUGGAUUUCUCAAUAUUAUCAUAGUUUAACAGAUUUAAUUUAGAAUUUUGAUUGUUUUAAUUUUUUUUUUUUUGGGUUACGUAGAAAUUCACAAUAACUAUUCAAAGGUGCACACGGGUUGAACACCACUCUUAUGUAAUAUCCCACAAUAUAAUUACACAAAGAUAAUUAAUUAAAGUGGUGGAGAAAAUAAAUACUUAGAGACUAUUUUGCAAUUGCUCGUUAUAUUACUUUAAUUUGUACUUUUGUUAAUUCCUUCAUAAUUAUUUAAUUCUAUGAACUUUCCAAUCAA